GCAACACACUUCCAUUGGUGUUCUUUCUUUGUACAAGACAGCAGAGGGGAAAAAGGAGGCGAAAAAACAAACAGCACUCUUCAUUACUCUCUCUCUGUUUCUUCUCUCAAAUCAAAUUCGUUCUUCCUUCCUUCCUUCCUUCCUUCUCCUCCAAUUCGAUUUCACUUUCCACCUAAUCUAAUUCCCCUCACAGUCCAAGCCGAUAACUUCUAGGGCAAGCUCUCCGAUCAAUCAUCGGGGCCGAUAAUCGCUACCAGACUGUGUUCGAGAUUGCAAAACUCGGAUUUUUUUAGGGCUUCUAAUUGUGGUUUGAGUAAUGUUCUUCAGUGGGGACUCGUCCGCUCGUAAGCGAGUCGAUUUGGGAGGUCGUAGUUCCAAGGAGAGAGACCGCCAGAAGCUUCUGGAGCAAACCAGGUUAGAGAGGAACCGACGCCUCUGGGUGCGUACUCAGAACUCCGCCGCCAUCAAAAUUCAGAAAUGCUUCAGAGGAAGAAAGGCAGUAGAAGCUGAACACUUGAGGGUAAGAGGGCAGUUUUUUAUGACAUAUGGGAAGCAUUGUCAACAUGUAGACAGACGUUGUUUUCGGUCGGAUUCAGAUUUUCUCAGACAAUUACUUUUCUUCUUCAAUCCUCGAAAUCAUGCUGAUUUCUCUGCUCUUGUGGAGACAUGUCGAUUACUUCAACAGUUCGUUCGAGAAAGCGGGGAUAUUCUGAGCCUCUUUGCAGGCAUUGACUAUUCCUCUAGCUCCGCUUUGGUCGACUACAGGAUGAAGCAACUCGCAUAUGCAUGUAUUUGGGCUGUUCAUCAUAACAGAAAUCAAUUGCUGGAUCAACUGUUUUUGACAUCUGAUAAGUCCAGUAGCUCAACAAUCCUCUUGUUAGAGGCAGUAGUUAUGUUGAUUGAUCCCAGACUUCCCUGGUCUUGUAAGAUAGUUGGCUAUCUCUUGCAAAGGAAUACAUAUAACCUGUUGAGGGAGAUUAUACUCACUGGAAAGGAAAGAACAAGAUUGCAAGACUCAGUUGGGAAAAUAUCUUCUCUGGAGAGUGUCCUUGCCCUCCUUAUAUCUCAUGUUGGUCAGGGAUCAUGUGUUUGUCCUAAUAUUGACCCACGAUGGAGUUUCUCAUCACAGAUUCUAACAAUUCCUUUCUUGUGGAAGCUUUUUCCAUACCUAAAAGAGGUUUUUGCAACGAGGGGAUUAAAUGAACACUAUAUUCAUCAGAUGGCAUUGUGUGUGCAAAAUCAUGCCAAUGUUCUACCGAAUGAUGUAUCUACUCAAUAUCCUGGUUAUGCCUGCCUUCUUGGAAAUCUUCUCGAAACAGCUGGAGUCGCUUUUUCUCAGCCAGACUGCUCAUUUGAUACGGCUAUAGACUUUGCAGCUGUUGCAACAUUUUUGUUGGAGGCUCUUCCUCCUAUACAAGCAUCUAACAGGGAAAGUAAAGAAAAUUUCUUAGUGGAUGAGGAUGAAAUGAUGGUAGGUGAUGAAGAAAUUGAAAAAGGUCUUAAUAGGGAUUUGGAACUCCAGAUCUCUAAUGCCAUAGAUUCGCGGUUUCUUCUACAAUUGACAAGCGUUUUGUUUGGAGGGAUUUCACCUGUUAAUGGUUCUCAUAAAGAAGGGCCUCACGGCGAAGAGGUGGUAGCUGUUGGUGCUGCUUGUGCUUUCUUGCAUGUGACUUUAAACAUUUUGCCCCUUGAGCGUACUAUGACUGUACUAGCAUAUAGAACAGAGCUUGUUCCUGUGCUAUGGAAAUUUAUGAAGCAAUGCCAUGAGAAUCAGAAGUGGUCAGCCUUGUCUGGGCAUUUAACAUAUCUGCCGGCAGAUGCACCUGGGUGGCUAUUACCUUUGUCAGUUUUCUGCCCUGUAUAUAAGCAUAUGCUUACGAUAGUUGAUAAUGAGGAGUUCUACGAGCAAGAGAAGCCACUGUCUUUAAAAGAUAUCAAAUGCUUGAUUGUUAUCUUAAGACAGGCCUUAUGGCAGCUCCUUUGGGUGAAUCCCAUCGCUUCCCCAAACUUAUCCAAGUCUACUGCUGAUGUAUUUUCUCUUAAGAGGCACCCUCUAGAAUUUAUUCAGCAUAGGGUUAGCAUUGUAGCUUCCGAUCUUCUAUCACAGUUGCAAGAUUGGAACAACAGACGGCAGUUUACACCCCCAAGCGAUUUCCAUGCUGAUGGUGUCAACGACCACUUUAUUUCUCAGGCUAUGAUAGAAAACAGUAGAGCUCAUGAAAUACUGCAACAUGCUCCAUUCUUGGUGCCAUUUACAAGCAGAGUUAAAAUAUUUGCCUCGCAACUGGCGGCAGUGAGGCAAAGAGAUGGGUCUCAUGCUGGUCUUACGAGGAAUCGAUUCAGAAUACGGCGGGAUCAUAUAUUGGAAGAUGCUUUCAGUCAGUUGAACGCAUUAUCUGAAGAGGAUCUUCGAGGACCGAUUCGUGUCACCUUUGUAAAUGAAUUUGGGGUGGAGGAGGCUGGUAUUGAUGGUGGUGGGAUUUUCAAAGAUUUUAUGGAGAACAUUACUCGGGCAGCUUUUGAUGUGCAGUAUGGUUUAUUUAAGGAGACAGCGGACCACCUGCUCUACCCCAAUCCUGGAUCACUGAUGGUGCAUGAACAACAUCUCCAGUAUUUUCAUUUUCUUGGAACUGUUCUUGCAAAGGCAAUGUUUGAAGGGAUUCUUGUUGAUAUACCAUUUGCAACAUUCUUCCUGAGCAAAUUAAAGCAAAAGUACAACUACUUGAAUGACUUACCUUCCUUAGAUCCAGAGUUAUAUCGCCACCUUAUUUUCUUAAAGCGUUAUGAAGGUGAUAUUGCGGAGUUGGAAUUGUACUUUGUUAUUGAGAACAAUGAAUAUGGAGAGCAAACAGAGGAAGAGCUGCUUCCUAGAGGGAAAAGUACACGUGUUACUAAUGAGAAAGUAAUUACAUAUAUACAUCUUAUAGCCAACCAUCGUUUGAACUUUCAGAUACGCCAACAAAGUUCCCAUUUCCUGAGGGGAUUUCAGCAGCUUAUACAGAAAGAUUGGAUUGACAUGUUUAAUGAACAUGAACUUCAGCUUCUGAUAGCUGGAUCGAUGGAGGGUUUUGAUGUCAAGGAUCUUCGAGCUCAUACUAAUUAUGCGGGUGGUUAUCAUAGUGAGCACUACGUCAUUGAUAUGUUUUGGGCAGUUCUCAGUAACUUUUCCAGGGAAAACCAGAUGAAAUUUUUGAAGUUUGUUACUGGGUGUUCUCGAGGACCUUUGCUUGGAUUUAAAUUCCUUGAGCCUUUGUUUUGCAUUCAGAGGGCUGCUGGUAAUGCUUCUGAAGAGGCACUUGACAGAUUACCAACAUCAGCUACUUGUAUGAAUCUUCUAAAGCUUCCUCCAUACAGAAGCAAAGAGCAACUGGAGCAGAAAUUGUUGUAUGCUAUAAACGCCGACGCUGGUUUUGAUUUGAGUUGAUAGCGUGCUUGUCAUUUCCAGCCCCGCAUGUUAUGCCCGAGAUUCUUUUUGAAGGGAGUCGCUAUCUCGACAGAGACUACCUCAUGUGAUGGUUCGGUCAAAUAGGUCAUUGGAGUAUUUUCAUGGACCGCCAGAGCUAUAGAACAGCAGAAGAGUUGCAAGACAUGGAAAAAGUGAAGGCGGCAAAACAGACAUGGAACCCAUGUCAAUACAAUGCACGAACAAGCCACUGGUGUACAUAGGUGGAUUCAUAUCAGUGUAUAUCAUCUUUCAGUAGUCACAUACAUGGACCUAGAAGCACGCGGGUCUCUUUGCUGGUACUAGUUUGAUGAACUGUAAUUUGAUCCACAUCUGUAAUUUAAGUUGUUAUUGGUCAUUAAAAGGGGGAAAAAAAUAGGGUUGCGUAUUAUGCGUAGAGAAAGGAAAGGAAUCUUGUGAGGGGGCUUGAGCAGGGGCUUCAAAAUGUAUAUGGCCAUCGUGUUUUUUCCUAAUGUUGGUUAAAAAUUCAGAAAAUAUAUUAUUUAUACUUUUGAAUAAUUAAAAGAUGUACAGUA